AUGCCGCUAUCAUCUUCAGCUUCAUGGAUUCAACCCGCAACCCCCGGACUUUUGACUUGGGACUUCAGACCUCGACGCCACCACCACCAUGCGACUACCGAAAUUCUAGCCACCUAUCGACGACAGACAGACAACGGUUUCUUAGACGUCCAAGGAACAGCCAAGCAAUGGAAGACCCAGUCGUUAGAUUUCAAGAAUGUCCUGCUUGCUCUGACGUCAGCGGAGGUGCGUGCCGACUUGGUUGAAACUGGUAUCUUGGAUGCCGGAAAACGGCCCCCCCGUCUCACACAGGCUUGCCCGGGGCAUGAUAGAAAUACCCUCAACACAGUCGAAGUAGAUCUUGUUACCAUGUAA